ACCCACAAGCGUCGUAUCCCCCACGCCCAUCUCCUCAUUCUAUCCCGUAUUUUUUUUCUGAUCUAAUUUCGAGAUCGUGGGAAAAGUCGAGGAGACAUCGGUUUCACUGCCCCCUCCGCCGCACGACCCAGCUUCCCCGCCGCCGAGGGCUAGAGCCCAGCUUCCCCUACCCUAGUGGAUCUAGCGCCUCGUUCUAGUUCUCCAACCGUUGCCGGCUCAGCUAGGGCAGCGGCGACGGCGCCCCCCGGCUGUGGCGCCCUCCACGGCGCCCGGUGGCAGCAGCCCCUGGACGCAGCGUCCCUUCGACUCCGCCAAUGGAAGAGAUUGCGACUCGUCUUCCCCAUGCCCCUCCGAUGGUGGCCACGGCAGCAAGGUCCCUUCCCUUCAUCCGGCCGCGGCAUGGCCAUCGCACGGGCGGUGCUCCUCGACGACAAUAGUGACCGCGACCCAUCUCCCCUUCACCAACAGCAGCAGCGCCCCAUCUCUACUUCACCGGCGUGCUCGUGCCGUGAUGGGUCCCCGGUGGCGGCGUCCUCUGGCCCGUUCCCCUGCAGCAGCGGCACGGCACCCACCAGGUUGCGUUCUCUAGUGGAUCCAGGCACUGUUCGAGACCCAGCGCGGCGAGUCCGCCAAGCUCCGCACAUAUCAUACAAUGACGGUGGCACCUUGCCUUGUCGUUGCCGGACACGGUCCAUGGCAGCAGGUGCUGGGUGUUGGCAAAGCUUGGGCACUACCAGGCAUCAUUAGAUGCUGGCCCGCUCCACGUCAACCCGCCCACGCUAGCUAUGCCUGAUAGUCAUGGCAAGAACCCGAAUGCCUGAUAGUCAUGGCAAGAACCUGAAUGACUGAUAGUCCACGUCAACCCUGCAGGUAGUUUUCUUCUGCCUCUGGUUUCUUCCACUAAAAUUGUCGGCUAUUUUUUUCCAUUAAAUUUGUGUGACUAAAACUAACUUAGUUAAUUCACAUCUUCCAAUUCUAGCCCAGAGGUUACUCUUGACCAAAUUGGAUUUACCUUUCAUAUUCACUUUGAAGAUAUCGUAGGCAAUUUCAACUUACCUAGCUGCUCCAUGUCACGAAGCAAACUGUAUGCUCAUAGGAUUUUUGAGUUAAGCAAAUUGAUUAUGGGCUUUGUUUGUAUUUUUGUUUCAUUAGAGUUUGUAGAAUCAAAUCAACUUCUUUUUAUGUUGGCACAUCAAUUUUACUUGCCUGUGAUUUAUGGUCGUGGCUCAUAUUAAAACCAACCUUUUUUACAUUGUUUGUGUGCAUUAUUUUUUAUAUGCAACAGUUGACAAUUCAAUUUAUAGGAGAAUUAGUUAUUUCAUCAUUAAUCUUGUACAAAAGCAGAAGCCGCAGCUUUUUUAUGUUUAGAGCAAGUUGAAGUAGGCAUCAUUAGUCUGACCGAUGUCAAAAC